GUGGCCUGGCUCUGUGUCCGGAAGCGCGCGGGGCAGUCGGAUAACGGGAGGCGGCGGAGUGCGGGACGGAAACAUGCGGGGCCUCGUCUGCGGACCCAAGCUGGCGGCGUGCGGGCUGGUCCUGAGCCUGUGGGGGGUCGUCAUGCUGAGCCUGCUGGGGAUCUUCUUCCACAUUCACUCAGCAGUGCUGAUUGAAGACUUACCUCUCAUAGAAGACGACUUCGAUCCCAAUGCCAACCCCCCCGAGAAGAUCUACCAGGUCUACAACACGGUGGGAACCAACUGCCUGAUCGCCGCCGUCGUCUACCUGCUGUGUGGCGCCUUCUCCUGCUGCCAGAUCAGGCUCAACAGGCAGAAGGAGUAUCUGGUGCACUAGCGCCCCCUGCUGGCCCGGAGCCCCCUCCCCCCCCAGCUCUACAGUCUACAAUGGUCUGCCAUCGGACCUCGGACCGGUGAACUGGGCACCUGAACGGAUUCUAAUCGGAGUGAUUGAUGGAGAAGAAUCACUGAGGAACAGAGAUCGGACAAUCAAAUCAAUAAAGGGAUUGAUU